AUGGACAAAAUCACCAAGGUAGCCCCCAACGGGAAACAGAUCCUCAAGGACGUCACGCUCGGGAUGUACCUCGGGGCGAAAAUCGGCAUCCUGGGAAGCAACGGCGCGGGGAAAUCCACGCUCAUGCGCAUCCUCGCCGGCCGCGACACCGCUUUCGAGGGCCGCCUCAUCCUCAACGACGGCAUCACCGUGGGCUUCCUGGAGCAAGAACCCGAGCUCAACGACGGCGAGACAGUGGCCGAAAACAUCGAGGCCGGCGUGGCGUCGGUCCGCAAGCUCCUCAAGGACUUCGAGGACGUCUCCGCGGAGAUGGCCGACCCGGACGCGGACAUCGACGCCCUCAUGGGCCGCAUGGACGCCCUGCAGGCCAAGAUCGACGCGUGCAACGGGUGGGAGGUCGACCGCAUGGUGGAGCGCGCGAUGGACGCGCUGCGGUGCCCGCCGGGGGACGCGAAGGUCGACACGCUCAGCGGCGGCGAGCGGCGCCGCGUUGCGCUCGCGCGCGUGGUGCUGCAGAGUCCCGACAUUCUUGUGCUGGACGAGCCGACCAACCACCUGGACGCGGAGAGCGUGGCGUGGCUGGAGAAGUUCCUCGCGCAGUUCCGCGGGACCGUCGUGGCCGUCACGCACGACCGCUACUUCCUCGACAACGUCGCCGGGUGGAUCCUCGAGCUCGACCGCGGCAAGGGCAUUCCGUUCGAGGGCAACUACAGCGAGUGGCUGGAGGCGCGGGGCAAGCGCAUGGCGCAGGAGGAGAAGGAGCAGUCGCUGCUGUCGAAGCAGAUCAGCGCGGAGCUCGAGUUCGUCAACAGCACGCGCAAGGGGCAGCAGAAGAAGGGCAAGGACCGGCUGCGGCGGUACGACGACCUGCUGGAGCAGGCCAACGCGUACGUGCGCGCGGGGAAGAUCAACGGGAUCACCAUCCCCGUCGGGCCGCGGCUCGGGAACGACGUGCUCGAGGUCAAGGGCGUGGCGAAGUCGUUCGGUGACCGCCUCCUGUACGACGAGCUCACGGCCACCAUCCCGCCCGGCGCCGUCGUGGGCAUCGUGGGCGCGAACGGCGCGGGCAAGUCCACGUUCUUCCGCAUGGUCAUGGGCGAGGAGAAGCCGGACGCCGGCGAGAUCGCGCUCGGGCAGACCGUCGUGCCCAUGUACGCCGAACAGGGCCGCGGGUCGCUCCUCCCGGACAAGACCGUGGCCGACGCCGUGGCCGACGGCGCCGACGAGAUCGAGCUGAACGGGCAGAAGGUGGCGGCGCGGGCGUACUGCUCGUGGUACAACUUCAAGGGCGCGGACCAGCAGAAGAAGGUCGGGGACCUGUCCGGCGGGGAGCGCAACCGGCUGCAGCUGGCGCGCGUCCUGCGUGAGAACGGCAACCUGCUGCUGCUCGACGAGCCCACGAACGACCUGGACGUCGACACGCUGCGCGCGCUCGAGGACGCGAUCCUCGGGUUCCCCGGCACCACGCUGGUCAUCUCGCACGACCGCUUCUUCCUCGACCGCGUGGCGACGCACAUCCUGGCCUUCGAGGGCAACUCGGACGUGGUGUUCUACCAGGGCGGGUGGAACGACUACUGGGAGGACUACAAGGCGCGCACGGGCGCCAAGGACCCGGAGCGCAUCAAGUUCCGCCGCCUCGCCAACGCGUGA